AACGGCGACAGUAUGAGUUAAAGUAUGAAAUAAAGCAUGAAUAAAUGAGGCAUAAGAUUAAUCCUGACUGCGAGUCGUGACGAUCCUGAUAGGAAUAAAAAUGCAGUGAAAAUUCCGCAAAUUAAAUAUGAUUCUGUUUUUGUUAAUCAUACUGUGCUUGUUUAUUCCUGAUUGUGCUGCUGUCUCUGUUCUUUUGCGGCUCGCAACUCCUGCGAGGGGCAGCAUCUUGCAUGGCAUCAUCAGUCCAUUAUGCUCGGGUCUGUGUGACGCCGCCGCCGCGUCGGUCCCUGCGUGCCGACCCCACCUAAAGCGGAGCGGUGACGGGAAGGGAUCUCAGAGGGGCAAAUACAGCACAUGUGGAUGAGAAAGACGUAGAAAAAAAAAGUGUGUUUAGUUGGCGAGCAGCCUGACAAGGCUUCAUGAGAUGGCAAGUAGUAGUAUUAGCAGCCA